AUGGGGGGCCACGGAGCACCCCCAAAACGCCACCUCCUCAGCAGACCCCCAGGAGUCGACCGGUCAGGACGCCCGAGCUGCCUCAGCGGACACCCCUCCCCAACACUUCGUGCCCUACCUCUUCACCUGCAGCCCAUGGCGAAUCAAGGCUCGGGGGGCGGCCGCCUCCCCCUGGCGCUGCCCCCCGCUUCCCAGAGUUGCUCCACGGGGGCCGGCGGCUCUUCGGCCGGGGGCUCGGGCAACAAUCCUCUGCCCCCACGCAGCCUCCAAGGUCUGCUGCAGAUGGCCAUCACGGCGGGCUCCGAGGAGCCGGACCCCCCUCCGGAACCUAUGAGCGAGGAGAGGCGGCAGUGGCUGCAGGAAGCCAUGUCGGCUGCCUUCCGGGGCCAGCGGGAGGAGGUGGAGCAGAUGAAGGGCUGCCUACGGGUGCUGUCCCAGCCCACACCCCCUGCGGCCGGCGAGGCCGAUCUGGUGACCGACCAGCAAGAGCGCGAGGGCGCCUUGGAGCUGCUGGCCGACCUGUGUGAGAACAUGGACAACGCUGCUGAUUUCUGCCAGCUGUCGGGCAUGCACCUGCUGGUGGGCCGGUACCUGGCGGCGGGCGCCGCGGGGCUGCGGUGGCGGGCGGCACAGCUCAUCGGCACGUGCAGCCAGAACGUGGCGGCCAUCCAGGAGCAGGUGCUGGGGCUCGGGGCGCUACGCAAGCUGCUGAGGCUGCUCGACCGGGACCCCUGCGACGCGGUGCGCGUCAAGGCCCUCUUCGCCAUCUCCUGCCUGGUCCGGGAGCAGGAGGCGGGGCUGCUGCAGUUCCUGCGCUUGGACGGCUUCUCGGUGCUGAUGCGGGCCAUGCAGCAGCAGGUGGAGAAGCUCAAGGUCAAGUCGGCCUUCCUGCUGCAGAACCUGCUGGUCGGCCACCCCGAGCACAAAGGCACCCUGUGCUCCAUGGGGAUGGUGCAGCAGCUGGUGGCCCUCAUCCGGACAGAACACAGCCCCUUCCACGAGCAUGUGCUCGGAGCCCUGUGCAGCCUGGUGACGGACUUCCCCCAGGGCGUGCGGGAGUGCCGCGAGCCACAGCUGGGCCUGGAGGAGCUGCUGCGACACCGCUGCCAGCUGCUGCAGCGCCACGAGGAGUACCAGGUUCUUGCAAAGCGGCUGCUUCCACUUCCUGAGUUCCAUUUAGUGGUUGAGUAUGGUUGA